GAGGAAGGCUGUGCUUCUCUGGUCUCAGCUCUGAAGUCAAACCCCUCACAUCUGAAAGAACUGGAUCUGAGCUACAAUCACCCAGGAGACUUGGGAGUCAGACUGCUCUCUGCUGGACUGGAGGAUCCACACUGGAGACUGGAGAAACUCAAACUGUCAGGUUGUGGAAUCACUGAGAAAGGCUGUGCUUCUCUGGUCUCAGCUCUGAAGUCAAACCCCUCACACCUGAAAGAACUGGAUCUGAGUAAAAAUCAGCCAGAGGAUUCAGGAGUGAAGAAACUCUCUGCUUUGAUGGAUGAUCCACAAUGUAGACUGGAGACUCUGAGACUGUCAGGUUGUAGAAUCACAAAGAAAGGCUGUGCUUCUCUGGUCUCAGCUCUGAAGUCAAACCCCUCACACCUGAAAGAACUGGAUCUGAGCUACAAUCAGCCAGAGGAUUCAGGAGUGAAGAAACUCUCUGCUUUGAUGGAGGAUCCACAAUGUAGACUGGAGACUCUGAGACUGUCAGGUUGUAGAAUCACUGAGGAAGGCUGUGCUUCUCUGGUCUCAGCUCUGAAGUCAAACCCCUCACACCUGAAAGAACUGGAUCUGAGUAACAAUGACCUGAAGGAUACGGGAGUGGAGAAGCUCUCUGCUCUGCUGAAGGAACCACAAUGUAGACUGGAGACUCUGAGGUGA